AUGAUACAGACGCAGUUCAACAAGAAGGUCAAAUUUGUGCGACACGAUGGAGCCCGCGAGUUUGCGACGAACUCGCUUCAAGAUUUCUACGAAGUCGAAGGCAUCGAGCAACAAACCACGGUGCCAUACGCACAUCAAGCCAAUGGAACUGCUGAACGCGCGAUUCGAACUAUCGUCACCAUCGGUCGUAGCAUGCUCCAUCAUGCCAAGUUGGACAAGUGCUUCUGGGCUGAAGCGGCAAUGACGGCCGUCUAUGUGAAGAACCGUUUGCCGUCACCCAAGAUUCCACACAAGACACCGUUCGAGAUUGUCUACAAUUCUAAGCCAAGUGUCAAGCACAUGCGCGAGAAACGACUCAAGUGGGAUCCCAAGGCCCGGGCUGGAUUGUUUUUGGGCUACGAAGAAGUGUCCAAGGCGUAUCGAGUUUACGACAUCGAAGCGGGGCAGGUGAUGAUAAGUCGCGAUGUCAACUUCGAUGAGUCGGCCUUUGGAAUGUCGAUGCUGAUUUCCGAUGACGAUGUUGAUGGCCUGGACUUCGAAUCUAUCGAUCUUGAUGAUGAAGAACCGCGUCCGAGACACUUCAAACAAACAGGAAAGCGCAAGGCCCAACCCAGUCACGACAAUGACGACGCAAGCAUGCCCCGAGCAGUGCGCCAACGACCCGGAUUGGAAGAGUCAAGUGCGCCGGAUGACCUCUCUUCACGUCGAGCCAACGAAGAUGAAGAAAGGAAGUCGGAGGAACAACAUGACACACCGACUUCCUCCGCGUUUUGGCAUGCGAGUGCAAACGCCGUCGAAGCAGCGGUCGAUUUUUCGGAGCCGUCGACAUUUGAAGAAGCAGUGUCUGGCCCGGACCAAGUACACUGGCGCAAGGCAAUUGAUGCGGAGCUCGAUUCGAUGAAGCUUCGCGGUGUCUUUCGUGCGGCCAAGUUACCCAACGAACAAAGCGCCAUUGGCACAAAGUGGGUCUUCAAGAUCAAGCGCAAGGCGGAUGGGUCGAUCGAGAAAUACAAGGCACGACUUGUGGCCAAGGGUUUUCGCCAAAAGUAUGGCAUCGACUACACGGAGACGUUCUCGCCCGUGGUCAAGUAUCUCGAUGUGGUGACUGCGUUCCUGUAUGGAGUGAUGAAGGAGAAGGUGUUCUGCGCUGUUCCGGAAGGCGUCAAGAUGGAAGGUGAUUUCGACUGUCUCGAGCUGAUCAAGGCGAUCUACGGUCUCAAGCAAGCCUCGCGUGUUUGGAACGAGACCUUCGACGAGUUCAUACGCUCGAUUGGUUUUCAAGCGUCGGGAUUCGAUCCAUGUCUCUACAUCAUGACUUAG